AUGGCCGACCAACAGCGCGAUGUCUCGCAAUACAAGUACUCGGCGAUGUCCAACCUGGUCCUCCAGGCGGACCGUCGAUUUGUCACUCGGCGCAACGAUGAAGUCACAGGAGAUCCUGAAUCGCUGGCUGGGCGACUGAGCAUCCGCGAUAUGGGCUCAAGAAAUGCUCGCGAUACUGCUCCAAAGGAACGGAAAAAAGCAUCAGGGCUACCGGAUGUAGAAAGGGGCGGCCUGCAAGAAGGACGAGAUGUUCUGGAGCGAGAGCAACGGAAACGGAAACGUGGCGAACCAGCCCAGCUCCGAGGGACAGGCAUUCUAUCUGCAGCAGAUGCGUUGGUGGAAGGUAUUAUCUAUCGGCCAAGAACAUCUGCAACUCGAGCAGUAUACGACCUGAUAUUAACGACUGUCGCAAAUAACCUUGGCGAUGUCCCUCAUGAAGUGGUUCGAAGCGCAGCAGACGCUGCGUUGCAGUUCCUAAAGGAUGAUGAUAUGAAGGACUUUGAUAAGAAGAAGGAAAUUGACGACCUGUUGGGCGCAACCAUGACGCCGAAACAAUUCAACGAACUGGUGAAUCUUGGAAAGAAGAUCACUGACUACGACGCUCAGGACGAAGACGACGUCAUGGCUGAUGGCGAGAAUGGCGCUGAAGACGGGGCGGAAAUUGAUGAUCGCCAAGGUGUCGCCGUUGUGUUUGACGACAACUCAGAAGAUGAAGAUGGAGCUGAUAUGGUCAACGAGAUCAGGGACGAAUCAUCAGAAGAUGAGGAAGACGUUGAAGAUCGACCUGGAGCCGAGGAAGUAGCAACGGCGGGUGGUGCUGCGGAAGAUAGGGAAACAGGAGCGCAAGAGAUUCCCGAGGAAGAGGCAAUAAUAAUGGAUUCUGCCCCUGCUGACACCGAUGCUAAAAAGGACAAGGAGAAAAACUUCAUCCCAGCCCGAGAAAUAGAUGCGUACUGGCUUCAGAGGCAGAUUGGUACAAUUUAUUCCGAUGCACAUAUCCAACAAGUCAAGACUCAGCAAGCUCUUCACAUACUCUCUGGAGCUCCCGAUGAAGAGGGCGGCGAAGAAAAACCCUUGCGGGAGAUCGAAAAUGAUCUAGCCGAGCUUUUUGAUUAUGAGAACCAUGAACUCGUUCAUAAACUCAUUACAAAUCGAGACAAGGUCGUUUGGCUUACUCGAUUAGCCCGAGCUGAGGACGCCGAGGCACGUGGAGUUGUCGAGCGAGAAAUUGCAUCUGAAGGUUUACGGUGGAUUCUAGACGAGUUACAGGGAGUGGUGCCUGCAGCGGACAGCUCCAAGAAAAGAACAAUGGAGAUCAAAAUGGACAUUGAUGUCCCAGCUGCGUCAGUCGCCAAAGCUGAACAUACGGGUGACGGUGGCUUAGUGGGAGGGUUACAACCACGAAAGCUCAUCAACUUAGAGAAUCUCGUCUUCGAUCAAGGAAACCAUCUGAUGACAAACCCGAAAGUCAAGCUUCCAGAAGGCUCAACCAAACGUACGUUUAAAGGGUACGAAGAGAUUCACGUACCACCACCUAAGAAGAGAAACGAACCGGGUGAUCGCGACAUCCCAGUUACAGAGAUGCCAGAGUGGGCACGUGUGCCAUUCAGCUCAGCAACAAAACUUAAUAAAAUCCAAUCAAAAUGCUUUCCCCAAGCAUUUCAGGAUGAUGGUAAUAUGCUCAUUUGCGCCCCAACGGGAAGUGGAAAGACAAAUGUUGGCAUGUUAACCAUCCUCCGCGAGAUUGGUAAGAAUCGAAAUCCCGAAACUGGAGAGAUCAAUUUAGAUGCUUUCAAGAUUGUCUAUAUCGCCCCCUUAAAGGCCCUCGUUCAAGAACAAGUUGGGAAUUUUGGUGCUAGAUUGAAGCCUUACGGAAUCCAAGUCUCUGAAUUGACUGGCGAUCGUCAACUCACGAAGCAGCAAAUUGCAGACACCCAAAUCAUUGUGACGACCCCUGAAAAAUGGGAUGUCAUCACCAGGAAGGCGACCGACUUGAGCUAUACAAACCUUGUCCGGCUUAUCAUUAUUGACGAAAUCCAUCUCCUACACGAUGAUCGCGGCCCUGUUUUAGAGAGCAUCGUCAGUAGGACGAUCAGGAAAAUGGAGCAAACAGGGGACCCCGUUCGUCUCGUGGGUCUCUCCGCUACGCUUCCCAACUACCGUGACGUUGCAAGCUUCCUUAGGGUUGAUCCCGUCAAAGGAAUGUUUCAUUUUGAUGGAUCAUACCGACCCUGCCCACUCCGCCAGGAGUUCGUUGGUAUCACGGAGAAGAAGGCUAUCAAGCAAUUGAAGACGAUGAACGACGUAACCUACACAAAGGUGCUCGAACACGUCGGAACGAAUCGAAAUCAAAUGCUUAUCUUCGUACAUUCCCGCAAGGAAACGUCCAAGACGGCUCGGUAUAUUCGAGAUAAGGCUUUGGAAAUGGAAACCAUUGGGCAAAUUCUUAGAAGCGAUGCUGGCAGCCGAGAAGCACUAACUUCGGAAGCCGAAGCGGUUACUGAUAGGGAGCUCAAGGAUCUUCUUCCCUAUGGUUUUGGUAUCCAUCAUGCUGGAAUGAGCAGACCAGAUCGUACGUCAGUUGAAGACCUGUUCAAUGAUGGACUAAUUCAAGUUCUCGUGUGUACUGCUACUCUCGCCUGGGGUGUGAACUUGCCCGCACAUACCGUCAUCAUCAAAGGCACACAGGUUUACUCCCCAGAAAAGGGUAGCUGGGUUGAGUUGAGCCCACAAGACGUGCUCCAGAUGCUCGGUCGCGCUGGACGGCCACAAUACGACACGUACGGCGAGGGAAUAAUCAUCACCACACAAUCAGAAAUGCAGUAUUAUCUGUCUCUCCUAAACCAGCAACUACCAAUCGAGAGUCAGUUUGUCAGUCGAUUAGCUGAUAAUCUUAACGCAGAGAUUGUUCUUAGCAAUGUUCGUAGCCGAGACGAGGGCGUAGAAUGGCUAGGCUAUACGUAUCUUUUCGUUCGGAUGUUGCGUUCACCAGGUCUAUACAGUGUCGGGGCAGAUUAUGAGGAUGACCCUUCGUUAGAGCAAAAACGAGUUGAUCUCAUACAUUCUGCUGCAGUGGUACUUGAGAAAUCCAACCUUAUCAAGUACGACAAGAAAUCAGGGAAAUUGCAAUCAACAGAGCUUGGACGCAUUGCCUCUCAUUAUUACAUAACCCACAGUUCGAUGCUAACUUACAAUCACCAUAUACAACCAUCUAUCACUCCUAUCGAACUCUUCCGGGUGUUCGCACUGAGUGAUGAGUUCAAGUAUAUCCCGGUGCGCCAAGACGAGAAGCUAGAGCUUGCAAAACUGCUAGGGCGCGUACCUAUUCCUGUCAAAGAAAGCAUUGAGGAACCCCACGCCAAGAUCAACGUACUCCUGCAAGCAUACAUCUCACGUCUUAAACUGGAAGGGCUGGCUUUGAUGGCUGAUCUCGUCUAUGUGACUCAGUCGGCUGGCCGAAUUCUUCGAGCGAUUUUUGAAAUCACUCUCAAGAAAGGAUGGGCCUCUGUGGCAAAGACGGCGCUAGAGCUCUGCAAAAUGGCAGAGAAGCGUAUGUGGCCUACAAUGACACCCCUGCGGCAGUUUCUAAGUUGCCCGAGGGAUAUUGUUCAAAAAGCGGAGAGAAUCGAUGUGCCAUGGGCAAACUACUUCGACUUGGAUCCCCCUAGGAUGGGUGAGCUGCUCGGGUUGCCGAAAGCGGGUAGAACGGUCUGCAAUUUGAUCUCAAAGUUUCCAAGACUAGAAGUUCAGGCCCAAGUUCAACCUAUGACAAGAUCCAUGUUAAGAGUUGAGUUGACCAUCACACCGAAGUUUGAGUGGGACGACGGGAUACAUGGUGCCGCAGAAAGCUUCUGGAUCAUUGCGGAAGAUUGUGAUGGAGAAGAUAUCUUGUUUCACGACCAGUUUAUCCUCCGGAAAGACUUCGCUCAAGCCGAGAUGAACGAGCAUAUAGUAGAAUUCACGGUGCCGAUCACAGAGCCGAUGCCACCGAACUAUUUCGUAUCGGUCAUAUCGGACAGAUGGAUGCAUUCAGAAACCAAAUUAGCGGUUUCAUUCCAGAAGCUGAUUCUCCCAGAGAAGUUCCCGCCUCACACUCCGCUUCUAGAUUUGCAGCCUCUGCCAGUCAACGCUCUUAAGACUGAUGAUUUCAAAGCUCUUUAUCCAGACUGGGAGCGUUUCAAUAAAAUCCAAACCCAGACAUUCAACUCUCUAUAUUCAACUGAAGAGAACGUAUUCGUUGGAGCGCCAACAGGAAGUGGCAAGACGGUAUGCGCAGAAUUUGCUUUACUCCAUCUAUGGUCGAAGCCAGAUGCGGGCCGAGCGGUCUAUAUUGCUCCAUUCCAAGAGCUCGUCGAUUUGCGACUGCAGGAUUGGCAGCAACGCUUCGGCAACCUUCGAGGUGGGAAGGAAAUUGUGAAAUUGACUGGGGAGACCACUGCCGACCUCAAGCUCUUAGAGAGAGGCAACCUCAUCUUGGCAACACCAUCCCAAUGGGAUGUCCUAUCGCGUCAGUGGCAACGCCGGAAAAACAUCCAGACUAUCGAACUUUUCAUAGCGGAUGAACUCCACAUGCUUGGUGGUCAGUUCGGCUUCGUCUAUGAAAUCAUUGUUUCCCGGAUGCACUAUAUCCGCUCCCAGACACAACAACCCUUGCGGAUUGUAGGCCUGAGUGUUUCUCUUUCUAAUGCCCGGGACAUUGGUGAAUGGAUCGAUGCAAAAAAGCACAAUAUUUACAAUUUUAGCCCACAUGUUCGUUCGGUCCCAUUGGAACUCCACAUUCAAUCUUUCACCAUACCUCACUUCCCGUCGCUCAUGCUUGCUAUGGCCAAGCCGACUUAUCUCUCGAUACUCCAAAUGUCUCCAGAUAAGCCUGCACUUGUCUUCGUUCCUAGCAGGAAACAGGCCAGAGCCACGACCCGCGACUUAUUGGCUGCUUGUGUAGCUAGCGAUGAUGAAGACCGAUUUUUGCAUGCCGACGUCGAUCAGAUGAAGCCGCUCCUGGAACGCAUUCACGAAGAGGCUCUAGCUGAGGCGAUUUCUCAUGGCGUAGGCUAUUACCAUGAAGCAUUGAGCGCAAGUGAUAAGCGUAUUGUAAAGCAUCUAUAUGACAAUGGAGCCGUACAAGUCCUAGUAGCUUCUCGAGAUGUGUGCUGGGAGCUGGAUUGCAAGGCGCACCUCGUGAUUGUAAUGGGGACCCAAUACUAUGACGGCCGAGAACAUCGAUAUGUGGACUAUCCAUUGAGCGAGGUGCUUCAAAUGUUCGGCAAGGCCUCGCGACCCCUGGAAGACAAGCUUAGCAAAGGCGUUCUGAUGGUACCAGCUGUCAAGCGCGAGUACUACAAAAAGUUCUUGAAUGAAGCACUUCCAAUCGAAAGCCACCUUCAAGUAUAUCUGCACGACGCCUUUGUAUCUGAGAUCAGCACAAAGAUGAUUGAGUCGGCAGACGAUGCCAUCAAUUGGACCACUUUCACCUAUUUCUACAGACGUCUUUUGGCCAAUCCGAGCUAUUACAGUUUAACGGACACCUCCCACGAGGGCCUCAGUGCGCAUUUAUCUGAACUCGUCGAGACCACAUUAAAAGACCUUGCAGAGUUUAAGAUAAUUGAUCUUGACGAAGACGAUGACUCCGUGACACCGUUGAAUGCGGCUAUGAUUGCUGCUUACUACAACAUCUCAUACAUCACUAUGCAGACGUUCUUGUUGUCACUAAGUGGCCGGACGAAACUGAAAGGAAUUCUUGAGAUCGUGACCUCAGCCACAGAAUUCGAGUCUAUUCAAAUCCGACGACACGAGGAUAAUUUGCUUCGACGGGUGUAUGACCGCGUACCUGUCAAGAUGUCUCAACCUAGCUAUGACUCGCCUCACUUUAAGUCAUUUGUACUUCUGCAGGCACAUUUCUCCAGAAUGCAAUUGCCUAUCGACCUAGCUAAGGAUCAAGAGGUUAUCCUAACCAAGGUCCUGAGCCUGCUGAGUGCUACUGUUGAUAUCCUGUCUUCUGAUGGACAUAUUAAUGCUAUGAAUGCAAUGGAAAUGUCGCAAAUGGUUGUGCAGGGCAUGUGGGAUCGUGAUAGCCCUCUGAAGCAGAUCCCCCACUUCACCCCGGAAGUGAUCAAAGCUGCCAACCAAUCUGGUAUCAAGGACGUUUUUGAAUUCAUGGAAGCUAUGGACCCAUCAGAAAACCCGGAUUACGAAGCUCUUGUGAAGCGCUUGGGACUUUCGCAAUCCCAAUUGUCACAAGCCGCUAAUUUUACCAACAGCAAAUACCCUAACAUUGAGCUUGACUUUGAGGUUGAGGACCCGGAUGAUAUUACUGCUGGAGCACCCGCAUAUCUCAAGAUCAAGAUUGUCCGAGAUGUGGACGAAGACGAUGAGUCGGCCGAGGUGGACACAACUGUGCAUGCGCCUUUCUACCCGGCGAAGAAAAUGGAGAACUGGUGGUUGGUGGUGGGAGAGGAGAGCUCGAAGACCCUGCUCGCAAUCAAACGCAUCACGAUCGGAAGGUCCUUGAACUUGAAGCUCGAAUACACCGUGCCAACUCCCGGUGAGCACGAGCUCAAACUAUUCUUGAUGAGCGACAGCUACGUCGGAGUUGACCAGGACCCAAGCUUUACAGUGACAGCCGCUGAGGGGAUGGAUGAGGAUGAGGAAGAAGAAGAUUAG